ACGACCCAUGGACCGGCACAGUCAGUGACUUCCAUCUAGGACCUACCAUCAUCAUGUACACGAUCGUCGCUCUCUGUGCCGUCCUAGGGAUGAGCUUUGCCGCACCCCAACAACCUCAGACCUCACCCAUCCCCAUCCUCAAGUCGGAGCAAGAGGGACCCAACCCAGACGGUUCUUACAGAUGGGCGUACGAGACAGGCAACGAGAUCGUUGCCGAGGAGAAGGGGUACGUUAAGAACGCAGGCAACCCAGAACAAGAGACCCAAGUGGCCGAGGGAUCCUACAGCUACACAGCUCCCGAUGGAACAAGGAUCUCCGUCACCUACGUCGCUGACGAGAACGGAUUCGUUCCUGUGGGAGACCAUCUCCCGACUCCUCCUCCAAUCCCAGAGGCCAUCCUCAAGGCUCUGGCCUACAUCGAGGCUCAUCCCGAGGAGAACGAGCUGGGAGCCGGCUCAGCACCUCAACCCGCGGUAGCGAGACCUACCUACUGAAGAACUGAUCAGUGAACGACUCUCCAGAGAGAAUCGCUCAUUAGUGAACGAGUUCAAACGGACCAAAGUGAAGUGAUCCUGUGUCCUAACGAUUUACUCAUUGAGUUACAGCUUUGGAAUUGUGAUUUUGAUUUCAUAGCUGUAACUUGAAAAUCAAAAUAUUUAAAUCACGAUUUCAUCGAUUCCAUUGUAUUAUAUCUGUCCCCCUUUUGUAUCUUGACACGUCUAGUGUUGCGUGGUUUUUUAUAAAUAAAUGUUUAAAAACACUAUACAAUUAAUUGUUUAAUAUUAUCCUACAAGUACGAGAGUACUUAUUUGUGUCAUAUAUUGUGUUGUGUACCUAUGUUUUGGAUAUGCUGUAGGGAUAUUUGGUUACGAGCAAAUAUGGCUAUAAUAAAUUAAAAUCAAGCUUUAGAGAUCAUGUAAUUAAGGAAAUUAAUUGUGUAAAGAGACCUUAAAAUUUAUAUUAAAAAUCUCUGAUUUACAAAGAGAAUGUUUCAGAAAACUUACUUUUCACAAUAUUAAUGUUAUUUAAUUAUGACGUUUGCGUUCUGAAACACCAACGACAACAUAUAAUAUUAGAACACAACAAAGAAUGUAACCAAAUGUAUUGAAAAGUGUUAUUCGUACCUAUCCUACUACUUUUAGUCACACCAUUCAUAUUGUAUUUAUUUAUUUUGUGGCCUACCCAUGAUUAUAAUGUUUUAUUAUAUCA